AUGGUGCUAGAGACUCCGCGACGCGGGUCGCAGCAGCCGGAGAAGAAACAUCAGGAGAAGAACAAAUACAAGCGAUUCAACGACCCAAGUGCCACUCCUGGUUCAGACGCCAGACGCAAGUACUAUGGCAAAGGAAAAGGGGAAGAGGGUGCUUCUGCGGGGGGUGAUAGUAAAGAGGGCGAGGAGCCUCAGUACAGGGACAGAGCAAAGGAGAGACGGGAGGAGGUGAAUCCGGACUACAAGGACGCUGCUGUGCCCAGCCACCUGGGACAACUGAAUGCCGUCGCCCCUCCUGGCGUUGACUUGACCACCACGGACGCCCACAAGCUAGCAAUCGAGAAGUCCAAGUUCCUGGGAGGAGACGUGGAGCACACGCAUCUGGUGAAGGGGCUGGACUAUGCGCUUCUCAACAAAGUGCGCUCGGAAAUGAAAGGCCGUCCGGGGGAGAGGGGAGGGGAGGGAGAAAAGGAGGAGGGAGGAGAGGAGGACGAGGAGGAGGGUUCUGCUGCUGCUGCUGCGGCUGCUGGGAAGGCCAAGGGCAGGAAAGCGCAAGAAAAAGUGCCCACAUUUCGAUCGGCCCUGGCUCGAUCAGUUUUCGAGCAGAUAGUCCGCCCGGUGCCGCCCAAGCCAAACGAGUUCUUCCUGCCGGGCCGCACGUCGUUUGUCUUUGACAUGGACGACGAGUUUCGGAAUGAGAUCCCCACCACUGUCCACCGCAGCAAGGCCGACUGCCCUGCUCCCCAGGACCUGGUAUCCGCGGCACAGGAUGCCCCAGUGCUGGAUAGAGUGACCCACGUCAUCUCGUACCUACGACUGGGAUCAAGCGCAAAGGCACACAAGAAGAAGAAAAAAGACAAGGAUAGCAACAGGGUCCUGGUUCCUGGUAUUCUUCCUCCCAAGCCCUCUCAGCCGUCAGCCGACCUCCCAUCCUCCCAACCUGCCGCACGAACCGAAGCUGCUGCUGAAAAUUGUGGCGCUGCUGCUGGUAAUGCUGGUGGGAAUAGCGGCAUUACAAAUGGGACUGGCAGCAGCGGCGGUGGCAGGAAGAACAGGAAGGAGGCAGCAGCAGCAGCAGCAGCAGCAAAAGCCGCUGCCACAGAAGCAGCAGCAGCAGCAGCAGCGCCUAAGAAGAAGAAAGAGGAAGAGGAGGAGGAUGAUGAUGAUAUUUUUGCAGAUGUGGGGAAGGAUUACACAGUCACUACUAAGCCUAGAGCACCUGCUGCUGCUGACUCUGGUGCUGCUGCUGACUCUGGUGCUGCUGCAGGAGUCUCAGCAGCAACAGCAGUAGCAGGUGCAGCAGGAGCAUCUGACCUUUGUUUCCAUUUGUUUCUCCACCUUCGCCCCCCUCGUGCUGCUCUGCCCCCGCCUCCCCCACUGCUCCCGCCUGCUGCUGCUGACGAUGCGGAUAUGGAUAUGGAUGACGAUGAUGGUGCCAUGCCUCCUCCUCCUCCCCCGCCUCUCCCACAUGACAUGUGCUUUUGCCUCCCGCGCUUACUGCCUCUGAUUCCUCCCGCACUUACUGCCUCUGCUUCCUCCCGCGCUUACUGCCUCUGCUUCCUCCCGCGCUUACUGCCUCUGCUUCCUCCCGCGCUUACUGCCUCUGCUUCCUCCCGCGCUUACUGCCUCUGCUUCCUCCCGCGCUUACUGCCUCUGCUUCCUCCCGUUUUUGCAGCCUACCCGCCAGCAGACGGCUCUUGGGAAGACUACCCACCCCCUCCGGCUCCACCUAACCUUCUCUGUGCUCCCCACUCUCACGCUCACUUGCCCCCCUCCUUCCUUUUGUCUCUCUUCUGUCGCUUCUUGCAGGUUGGCCCGGCCUACCCGCCAGCAGACGGCUCUUGGGAAGACUACCCACCCCCUCCUCCUCUUCCUCCUCCUCCCGGCGCCCCUACAACCCUCCCUCCCUGGCCCCCUUCUGUCCCGCCUCCAGCCCCCCCACCAUCCGCCUAUCCCUACCACCAACAAUACCUUCCUGCUCCCCCUCCUCCUCUUCCUCCCCAUUCUGCCCCACACUAUCCUGGCUUAGCCCCUACUCCUCCUCCUCUUCCCCCCGGUCAACACUACCCGUAUGGGGGAGGAGGAGAGGGGGGGUACCCGCCUCCUCCUCCUCUCCCCCCUGGUCUAUACCCCAGUCCCCAUCUUCCUCCUCCUCCUCCUCCUGCUUCCGCUGCCGGCCCCCCGUUUCCUCCUCCUCCUGCUCUCGCCCCUGCUGCAUCUACUGAUCCUGGUGCUACCGGUACUUACUUAACAGAAGAGGAAAAAGGCAGGGGAUUGGCGUCGGUGUUUAAGAGAUUUACUCCGGAGGAAGAGGAGGCGAGGAGGAGGGAGGGGAGGGGGAGAGUGGGAGAGGGGAGGGAGAAAGGGAAGGAUCCGAAUGCUCUAGGGGGAGGGGGGUAUGACGAGUGCUAUCAGCGGGGGGAUGGGGGGAACUUUGCGGGAGAGGUUGUGGAGAGUGACGAAGAGGAGGGUGAUGAGCUGGCACGGAAAGUGGAAGAGGCUAGGCAGCGGGGGGAUGGGGGGAACUUUGCGGGAGAGGUUGUGGAGAGUGACGAAGAGGAGGGUGAUGAGCUGGCACGGAAAGUGGAGGAAGCAAGCCAGCCCACUAAUCAAACUUUCUGCUCCACUCAUCGCCCCAUUCCCCACCUUAUCCUCCCCUCUUCCCCAUACUUUCUGCUCCCCCUCCUCCCUUACCCAUCUUACUCCUCCAUCUUAUACCACCAGUUGGCUCAGGUGCAGGACAUGUUUCACGGGGACGACGAUGAUGAUGAUGAUGGUGGUGGUGCAUCUAAGAACAAGGAACAGGACAGAGAGACCGUACAGGACAUGUUUGAUGGGGAUGAGGAUGAUGAUAAGGAUGAGGAUGAUGCUGGACCUGGUGCAUCCAAGGACAAGGAGCGGGACAGAGAGAGAGACCACUUAUCCCUCAUUGUUCCCGCCCUCCCCCUCUCCCCUCCAAUCCACCAGCUGGCUCAGGUACAGGACAUGUUUGAUGGGGAUGAGGAUGAUGAGGAUGGUGCUGGUGUUGCUGGUGCAUCAAAGGACAAGGAAAGGAACUGCAUCCUUCUCACUUCCCGUCCCACCUUCUCACCCCUCCCCCACCCCCUCCCACUUUACCAGUUGGCUCAGUUGGCUCAGGACAUGUUUCACGGGGACGAGGACGAUGAUGACGAUGAGGAUGGUGCUGGUGCAUCCAAGGACAAGGAACGGGACAGAGAGGCAGCAGAGAAGGGCACAGGCGGGGGCAGGAGGUCGAAGCAGGGGCAGGAGGGCGAGGGGAGGAAGGGGCGGAAGAAGGAGAAGGAUCGGCAGCAGAAGCUGAAUAAUGAGCUGAAUCAGAUCAACAAGAUUAUUGAGAGGAAGAAAAGGGAAGCGGCUGGGGAGGUGGUGGAGGAGGAGGAGGAGUAUGGGGAUGAGGAUGGAGGAGGGCCGUAUAAGAAGUCCCGAUACUAG